UUUUAUUAUCAGGGGUGUGAGGAGAUCCCUGUCAGGUUUAAAGUGCAUGGGGACAGCGAUACUCAUUACUGGCCGGGAAGAAAUGCUUAGAACCUAACUCCAGGAUUGUGACUUGAGCGCCUAGUCUCGUAUGCCUUGUGCUGAAAGACUCUGAGGUAAUUUUCUAAUAACCUGACCGGACGUCAAAGGAUCUCUACAUCUCUGGCCCCUCCUGUUUUGAGGAUUUGAGCGCGUCUCUCCCCAAGCCCCUCCCACUUCCUUAUGACGCAAUUCCUGUCAUAAUACGGGGAGUGGAGAAUUCUAGAACCUGGGAAGCAAGAGGACAGCAACAGAGCAGUUAGUUACAAGCGCUUGCUUCUGAGAGGCUUCAGGUAUUUACACGGAACCUCAGAAAGAUACCUCUGACUUCAGGACCAAAGAAGGUGGGCCCGCAAGGCCUCAAAGGAAGAAUAGGGCCCCAGACUCUCUGCCCUCUCAGUGAAAGAAAUUCUGAAGGCUGGGUCCCAGCGACCCUUCAUCCUCCAGCGAGGGUGCCUGCUGCCUCACUCUGCGAAGAUGAACUCAGUGCCUGGGUACUGCCUCUGUCGAAAGCCUUAUGAUGAGAACCACUUCAUGAUCGAGUGCAACCGAUGCCAGGACUGGUUUCACGGGAGUUGUGUUGACGUUGAAGAAGAGAAAGCUGCUGACAUUGACAUCUACCACUGCCCAGACUGUGAGGUCUCACAUGGGCCUUCCAUUAUGAAAAACUUUCAUGAGUCCUCUAAUGUGGGCGAAACUCUUAAGAGGGAGCCAGUGCUGACAGGGAGCCCUGAGUUUAUUCACCAGCUUCAGGGUAAGACAUUUGACAGUGCGGACGAAGUGGUUUUGAAGCCCACAGGAAGUCAGCUGACAGUGGAAUUCCUGGAAAAGAGUAGCUUCAGCGUACCCAUCCUUGUCUUGAAGAGGGAGGGGUUGGGAAUGACACUUCCCCCACCAUCAUUCACGAUCAGAGAUGUGGAACAAUAUGUGGGUUCUGACAAAGAGAUUGACGUGAUGGAUGCGGCCUGUCAAGCUAGAUGCAAGAUGAUGCUGGGUGAUUUUGUGAAAUACUACUACAGUGAGAAGAGGGAAAAUAUCUUCAAUGUUGUCAGUUUGGAAUUCUCUAAUACCAGGCUUUCUAAGAUAGUAGAGGUGCCCAAGAUAGUUAGUAAGCUUUCCUGGAUUGAAAAUUUAUGGCCAGAAGAGUGUGAAUUUGAAAGACCCAAAGUCCAGAAGUAUUGCUUUAUGAGUGUCCAGGAUAGCUACACAGAUUUUCACGUGGAAUUUGGUGGCACUUCAGUCUGGUACCAUGUGCUUAAGGGUGAGAAAGUCUUCUACCUGAUCCACCCGGAAGAUGCUAACCUGACUCUCUUUGAAUGUUGGAGAAAUUCCUCUAAACAAAGAGAGAUGUUCUUUGGUGACCAGGUGGACAAGUGUUACAAGUGUUCUGUGGAGCAAGGGCAGACACUUUUCAUUCCUCCAGGAUGGAUCCAUGCUGUGCUGACCCCCAUGGAUUGCCUAGCAUUUGGAGGAAACUUUUUACACAGUCUUAGCAUUGAAAUGCAGCUCAAAGCCUACGAGACUGUGAAGCAACUGAGCACAGCAGACCUCUUCAAGUUUCCCAGCUUCGAGACCAUCUGUUGGCACGUGGGAAAACAAAUUCUGGACAUCCUUGGAGGUUUGCGAGAGAAUGGGAGACAUCCUGCAUCUUACCUGGUUCGUGGUGGGAAAGCUCUGAACAUGGCCUUUCAGGCCUGGACAAGGAAAGAAGUUCUGGAAGACCACCAACAUGCGAUCCCAAAGACAGUGCAGACCAUACAGCUCAUUGAAGAUCUGGCUACAGAGAUCUGUCUGGUUGAAGAUACCUCCCAACAGAACAUCCAGAAGGCGAAUACAAUCUUUGGGGUCGAGCAGCUCUUCCCCACUAUUUCCUCUUCCUUAACUUGGCCAACUGAUUCCCCUUCAGUAUCCAAGCCUACAUUAUCAUCACCCUCCAAAAGUGAUUCAAAAAAAGACCCAGAGCUUAAGGAUGUCUUUAAGAAGACCAAUCCAAAGGACAAAGAGCAUCAAGUCUUGGGGUCUGAUGAUCAAGGUAUGGAUAAUCUUAGGGGUCUAGACAAUCAUCAAGUACUGAAGGCAGGCUCUUCCCAGAAAGUAGAGUUUAGUAUUGCUAAUUCCUGCUUGAAUGACUCAGGUAAUGACUCAAAAUCUGACAAUGUCUAUGAUGGAAACGAGAGCCCCAUGGCUCUGUUGAUGGCUAAUGGUGGUACCAGCAGGGUGAAGAGCUUGUCCAAUUCUUGGAGAGCCAAAAUCAUAACGAAGGAAGAUAAUUCAAUGUUGGUGAAAGAACAAGUAAUGGGAGACAAGUUUGACUUGGGUUCAAAUGUUGAGCUGCAGAUUGAAGAGAGAUUGGGCAAACAGAAAAUGAGCCUGGUAGUAAUACCAAAUAUUCCCCCAAAUUUUCCCCAUGUGAAAUUUUGCUCUGGUCAAAACCAAAUUCAUAAACAAGAGGAAUCUGUGAUCACCACUGAGAACUGUAAAAUAAAUAAGGAAAUCGUGGAAGGCGUUGAAGAUAAGAUAUGGAAUGGAAGUGGAUCUGGUAGAAUUAUUGAUCCAUUUAAGGCCAGGGAACAGAUGGACAGACUUGACUCUGUUGUCCUCACUGAAGACCCAGACUUUUUUGACAAUAAGGAGGCUAUCCAGGACAUUGUGACCAUACCUGAAUUGCAGUCUUCAUCUCCUUCACCAGCUCCCUGCAGCCUCCAGACCUGGUGGAGUGAAAGGCAGGACCAAAGCAUUGAGAGCUUCAGCAGUGAUUUGGGCAUGGUACCUAAAAGUCUUGUUUCUCAGCACACCCAAAGGAAAUGGCCCAUCAAGCGGCUAGUAUACUGGAGAACCAAGAGCGUCGAGGAGAAUAACAGGGUGAAUAAGCAGGACAGCUUGGGAACGUGCUUAAAGGAUGCUGAGCAUGCCUACCUAUUCCUGGAGUCUGAUGAUGAAGAUGAUAACGAUGACAAUGAUGAUGAUGAUGAUGAUGAUGAUGAUGGUGGUGGUGGUGGUGGUGGUAGUGGUGAUAGUGAUGGUGAUGAUGACCUUGUUUUGAGAUCUCUACCAAAGAAAAGGAGGAUAUCAAAUGAUGCUCCAUGGAUUCCUAGCUCACGUGUGAUACCACCACUACCAAAGCAAGACCGUCCUGUGCGCAAGGGUACCCGAGUUGCCUCCACUGAGGUUGGUUUGCCUGCAGCAGCUACGAAGUUGGCACAGCAGGAAUUCCUCUUGGGAUAGACUUCACCAAAAUAGAAGCAUUAGAAUCCCACUGUUACCAGUUUUGACGAAGAAUAUACAGCAGAUUUUAUCAUUUCCUUAAUACACAUGAGACUGGUUCGUCAUCAAGCUGUUUUAUGAAAUCUGGGAUGCAUAAUGAAUGUUUGAAAUCUUUGGAACAAUAAAAUGAUAU